AUAAAUGUCAUCAAGUAUGCAUUGAAUUGCUUGAAGUUGUGAGCACACGAGUUGAGCAUUGAACUGCAGUUUUGAGGCUACAGCAAAUUGCUUACGGUGAAGCUACUGGGUGUUACACAGAGAGCAAUGUGACCGAUUGUUGACAUUGAUGUCGAAGGGCGGGCAGUGAUUGUUGUGAUUGUUGAGGACGCCCUCAGUGAAGAAAGGCACUGGCGCGAUGGUUUCAUUUACGAUAUCAUUCUUUGCCUGUUAGUGGGCAUUCUUCCUUCCAAGGAGGCAUGCAUUGAGAAAAUGGACAAGUUUGUCAGGGAUGUGGAUGCCAACGCAAUAGGCAAUGUCGUCAUGGAGUUGGAAGAGGAAUGGACGAGCAUCUUGGGUCGUUUCUUCAAUCCUGAGUGCUUCCUCUUGGAUGUGGAUGUUUCAGAUUCUAAAGAUGAGAAACAGGUUGCUACGACAGAGUUGCGGACAAAGAAGGAGAAUUUUAUGGGCAAUGCAUGGGAUGUUUUUCAUGCAGGGGUCUCCACUGGCGAAAAGGGUCCAUUUCGAAGGAUGAUGAAUGAAGAUUUGGGUUGGCUUUCAGACAACAACAUUGAAAAGGUGGCAACUUUGGGUGCUCGCAUUGUGACUAUUCUGAGGCUUUUGUAGUGUCUUUGGCCUUUGAUUGGUUGAUGGCUU